AUGACGCGCCAGAGUCGUGCAGAGGCGGAUAGAAUCCAUCACCAAGGAUUUGUUUAUUUCCCAUUCAUGCCGCCUUCAGAGCAGUAUCCUGCGCUUACCGUCACGAGAAAGUUCAGUAAGAGGAUCGACCCAGAGGAUGUGGAUCUAACCCAGCGAGAGAUGGCUGGCUUCGUUUCAGUCUACCCUCGCCUCUAUCAGGUCCCGAAAACCAUGCAGGAGCGGAUAAGAAGAUGGUACAUGGCCAACCGCAAGCUGGCGGAUUCUUGGCCUUUGGAUGGCUUUUGGAACGCGGCCGAGGACGAUGCUCAUGACCAUAUCGUCGUCAGAGAGCCGGGAGUACCGCCUGAGGCGAAGCAGAUGGCCGGGAUUGAGGAUUCGGGGAACGGCAAGCCCGCCCUUGUUCCUAAGGAAAGGAAACCGAGGCCUCCAAAGGCAAAGAAAGAGGAGCCGUCACAACCUUCGACUAGCAACACCAGCCAGGCCACACCUUUCCCGGAAAGUGUAGUGGCAAGGUGUCCAGAGCUGGAGCAGUGGUCCCAGCAAGCGUAUUUCGCUGCCGAGCUUAAGGCCGCGGAACGGUCCUUUGGUUACAUCCGCGGCUGGGUGGAGGAUGCACAGAGUAGCGGCCGCUCGCCUUCAAUCGUACAGCUGAAUGAGUUGAUGAACUUUGCAUCAAAUGCUUUGACGCGUGCAUCGGAAGCCGUCAAAAUAUCUUCAGCGGUGGUAGAGGACCUCAAAUCAACUCCCGCACCUCUUAUUCAUCCUGCCUUUGUGGCAUGGCAGCAGCAACAGGAACAAACCAUGGGCCAGGACCUCGAUCCUCAGCCCCAUGUUGAGCAUAAAAAGCGGCCUUUUGAGGUAGAUGACGCAGAAAUGAACGAAGGGAAAGAACCGACAACUCAGACAGAACCCUCGGGAGCCGGCAAGGUCAGAAAGCUCUCAACCUAUAGAUCUGCACCGGAAUCAAGAUCAGGAGACUCAACAUCGCCUCCGCAUCGGGAAGAUCAUCAAACGGGCUCCAACCUUGCCAGUUCCCGGGCUAUGUCGACAUCAGCACCAAUACAUCCGGCAUUUCUUCAACAAUAUGCGUCUCAACAGCCCCAGCCAGAUCCCACAAAUCACACCCACAGCAGCUUCAUGGUGGCGCCGACGCACGGCUCAUCUUUGCUAUAUGUGCCGAUUGACAAUGACAACCAGCAGCUAGAAUCGGCAAGUGAAAGUGGUGGAGGCAGCGGUGGUCAUGGCGACAGUAAUGAUGAUGAUGAGGAGGAGGAGGAGGAUGAGGAGGAGGAGGAGGAGGAUGAGGAAGAUGAGGAAGAGGACGGAGGUGACGAUGCAUCGGACUAG